AUUUGGGUGAUGAACUACUGCUCUCUUCCGGUUGUCAUUCGCCGACUGUCGUGGCUUUUCAGUUCGGACGUGCUGUCAAGAGGCCCGACAUCAUGACUCUAUUCCACUUUGGAAACUGCUUUGCUUUGGCGUAUUUCCCCUACUUCAUCACAUACAAGUGCAGUGGCCUUUCAGAAUACAAUGCGUUCUGGAGAUGUGUCCAGGCCGGAGCUACAUACCUGUUUGUUCAGCUGUGCAAGAUGCUGUUUCUUGCCACAUUUUUCCCAACCUGGGAGGGCGGAGCUGGAGUUUAUGAUUUUGUUGGGGAGUUCAUGAAGGCGACUGUGGACUUGGCUGACCUGCUGGGCCUCCACCUGGUGAUGUCGCGCAAUGCUGGCAAGGGUGAAUACAAGAUCAUGGUGGCGGCAAUGGGCUGGGCCACAGCCGAGCUUGUCAUGUCCAGGUGUCUCCCCCUGUGGGUGGGAGCCAGAGGCAUUGAGUUCGACUGGAAAUAUAUCCAGAUGAGCUUUGACUCCAACAUCAGUUUAGUUCACUACAUCGCGAUGGCUGCAGUCGUGUGGAUGUUCACUCGCUAUGAUCUACCCAAAAGCUUCCGUCUUCCUGUCACUGUGCUGUUGGCGCUCUGUGUCUACAAGUCCUUCUUAAUGGAGUUGUUCAUCCACGCCUUCGUCUUGGGCAGCUGGACGGUGUUGCUGGUGAAGGCCGUGCUGACUGGUGCCAUCUCCCUGUGCUCACUCUUCCUCUUCGUCACGCUGGUCCACAGCAACUAAGUCACACCAAGUCAUUACACGGCGAGCCGAUCCACACCUCAGGUCCUUGUUGUUUUUGAGGGAGAAUCUGGGCAGCUUUAAAACAUGAACAGAAGAAAUGCGUUCUGUGGAUGUUCUGGUUUGGUUUCCCUGGCAGAUGUGAUGGACCAAAAACGACUGGAGUCUCUGGAGGAAGUAUUCUUCUCAUCUUAACUGUGUUUAUUGAGAGACGGAGAAAUGGAUUUGUAACCAUAGACUGUCCAGAAACUAAACCCAUUUUCUAUCUUUUUUUUCUAUUAAUGAAUGAUGUCUAUGAAGUCGGAUCUAUCAAUUUAUUUAUACACCAGUAUAGAUAUUAACUGUAGUAAACCCUAUCUGUCAUCGGUUUUAAUGAAACAAUUAUUAAAAUAUUCUGUCUGAAAUUCUGAGUUACAGUGAGAUCAAUAAAUAUGAAUGGAAUGAG